UGCAUUAUGUUGAAAAGAAAUUAAUAUUUAAUAAUCAAAAUAAAAGCGAAUUAAAGUUUGUUCAUCAAAAUAAAAUAGUUUGGUCGUUGAUAUGGUAUUGAACUGGCUAUUUUCUUGAGCAAGGCUUAACAGUUUGAAGAAAAAGCUAGUAAGAAGUAGAAUUUGCAGCAAAUUUAACACUGAAAACUAUGUCAGAUACAAGGUGGAGUGCAUGCAAUGAAACAUCACAAAUCAUACGUUUAUCACUGAUAUCUAGCAACUUCAACAGAUUUACAGUAUAAAAUUACAUCUCUUGUAUGCUCUGGGAAGGUAGUAUUUGAAAUAUCAGAAUCCAUGGCGGUGCAACGGAUAUUCAGUUUUGUGAGCGGAUUAAGAGUUAUGUUGAACCACCACGAGCGAUGUCCAUAGGGUCGGCUGAUUGGUCAGGUUCGAUUCAGACACUUAUUACUACUUUGAUUGUUAUAUUAUUUAUAACGUAACGUUAUUAGUCAAAUAAAAUGUCUCCUAAAUUUCAGCCACUAUUGUUUUAAUUAUUAUUACUGUUAUUAAUAUCUAUUUACUACUUCGAUUUCACAACUUUGCAAAUGGAAGCUCUUCCUCUCUUAAUUUUUCGAGCAAUAUGUGUUUUGGGUGAAUUUUUCGAGCAGGAUUAUUCAUUAGGUAAAUUGUGUUCAAGUGGUCAUUUAACUUGUCAAAUAAUUAACCAUAAUUUUGUGAGAUUUAACAAACAUUUGAGCAACAAUGACUUGGCCUACACCCUGAAACUUAAUUUAUGAAGAUGCAAUGAUGCAUCAUCAUUUUACACAUUUUUGCAGGCUCAUUCAGGGAAAUUACCUAGCUGCUUCCUUUUUUUUAUUAUAUACAUUAUGACUAAUAUUUAUACAUUAUGACUAAUAUUUUUCUGAUUAAUGUAAAGAUCUGAUGAUCAAUUGCUUAAGGCAUGUUUUGAAUUCUUAAACACGUGCUUAAUGCUUAUUCUACUUUUAGUUCGGUUUUCUUGGUCUGCUGAGUAUAGAAGUGUGCAGGAAUAGAACAUUAAAACUAUGUAAUUCCUAGGAAGUAUACUUCCCGUGAAGUUAAUUUCUCGGGGAGUUGGUAUGCUGGGAAUAAGUAUUUACUUUGUUUGGUUUACUUGCUAAUUUUUCGGGAAGUUGCAUUUUACUUUUAAUUAAUUAAGAUUUAAAAACAAUAUUAGCUUCAAUAACUGACCAAGCUAAUUAAAUUUAGGGACACGGAGAAGUAGAAUUUACCUUGGCUUUUUUCUAGGGAAAGUGGAAUCUCAACAUUCCGUGAAGUAGAAUGAAAAAGAAGAACUAAGCAAAAAAAUACAUGCUACUUCCCGGAAAGAUACAUUUUCUUAGUUAACUUACCCUAACCGAGCGAGGCCUAAGUGAAUAAAUUUCUUGGCAACUAUAUGUUUUAGUUUAAUUGUUAGUCUCAUGACUUAUAGAAGCAAGGGAAGAAAUUCGAGAUAGUAUUCUAACAAGUCUUAUUUAAAUUGAAGCCGGCUGUCAGUUAUUCUAUAUUAUUAAUAUAUUGUUUAUAGCAGCAAAAUAUAUAUGUCAAAUGAAUUAUAAUCCUUAUUAGAAAAAUACAUAAUUCCUUGUUAUAGUUUUCUGACAUCAGUUUGGAUAAAGCUUGAAUAAUUGUCAACUUGAUUUGAGUAAAACCUAACAGAUAGUGUGCUAUUUUAUAGAAUAUAUAGUAGUGUCUGUCACAUUGCAGCAGCUUUGAAAAGUAUAUCCUUAUAUAUCAUUUUAGGCUAUGAAUCUGAAACACAAUCAGAAAACUCGGAGUAGAGAACGCUUUUAGCAAGUCAGACGGAAGUACUACCCUCGUUAUAGGUCGAUUUUCUUGUAGCAAAAUGAUUUCCAUGUUAAAACUGUUGCAUAUUUUACUCAUUAGUUCUGUUUUUCAGAAACAUCUAACCUAUGCUCAAGAUCAAAGUAACUUCAUCUACAACGGAUUCAAUGGAUCCAACCUGAAUCUGACUGGACUUGCAAUUGUGCAGCCUAAUGGUCUGUUACAAUUAUCAAACAUUACAGCUCUCGAAGUUGGUCGCGCUUUCUUUCCGCUACCUCUCAACUUCAACAAGUCUCUUUCAUUUUCUACCAACUUCGUUUUCGCCAUUGAUCCACAGACACAUGCUGUUGGUGAGAUACUUGCAAAUGGUGGCCAUGGUUUUGUCUUUGCUCUCUUACCAUCUUUGGAAUUUGCAAUCGAGUCAUCAACUCAAUACUUUGGAAUCUUCAACAAAACCACCGUUGGCUUGUCUUCCAACCAUAUCAUUGCGGUUGAGUUUGAUACGAUAGAGACUGUUGAUUUUGCAGACAUCAACAACAACCAUGUUGGAAUUGAUGUCAAUAAUUUAGUAUCUGUAGUGUCAGCUCCACCAGCAUACUUUUCAGACAGUCAGGAAUCUAAGAACCUAACGCUCAUAAGUGGAGAACCGAUGCAGGUAUGGAUAGAUUAUGAUCAAGUGGAGAUGAUACUAAAUGUAACAAUUGCUCCUCUAGCAAGCAUAAAACCCGAAAAGCCUCUCUUGUCGAAAAAUGUCGAUCUUUCUUUAGUUCUGUUAGAUUCUAUGUAUGUUGGUUUCUCUGCAUCUACAGGUACCAUGUCUAGCUACCACUAUAUUCUUGGUUGGAGCUUUAACAAGGGUGGGCCUAGUCAAAGUCUUGAUCUUUCACAGCUUCCUACACUUCCGCCGCCUCCUCUAGACCCUCGACAGCCAAAUCCAUUUCUAACCUCCCUACGUAUAGUCAUAAUCUCAUUGGCCGGGACGAGUUUUGUGCUGAUUCUUAUCAUUGUAGCGGCGUGUUUAUUUCAAAGGAGGAAGAAAUUUGAAGAAUUGCGGGAAGAUUGGGAACAAGAAUACGGACCUCAGAGAGUUUCCUACAAGGAUUUGUAUAAAGCAACUGAAGGAUUCAAAGACAAACAACUUCUGGGAUCUGGAGGUUUCGGGAAGGUCUAUAAAGGAGUUUUGCCUUGUUCUGAUAUACAAGUUGCAGUUAAGAAGUUUUCGCAUAAUUCCGAACACGGAUUGAAGCAAUUUGUAGCUGAAAUUGCAAGCAUGGGAAGGCUAAGGCAUAGGAAUUUGGUUCAACUUCUCGGCUAUUGCAGGCGAAAGGGCGAGCUUCUCCUGGUAUAUGAUUAUAUGCCAAACGGAAGCCUCGACAGAUUCCUAUUUCAGAACGACACGCCCAAUCUGAACUGGGUUCGAAGAUAUCAAAUCCUGAAAGGAGUUGCAUCUGCUCUUCUUUACCUCCAUGAAGAAUGGGAACAAAUUGUUCUACAUAGAGAUGUGAAAGCUAGUAAUGUGAUGUUAGAUGCUGAUCUAGAUGGUAGAUUAGGAGAUUUUGGACUCGCGAAGUUUCACGAACGAGGUUCAAUCGCUGAAACAACCUGUGUGGUUGGUACAGUAGGAUACCUUGCACCAGAAGUUUCAAGAACAGGAAGAGUCACAACUAGCAGUGAUGUGUAUGCAUAUGGGAUAUUGAUGCUUGAAGUGGCUUGCGGAAGAAAGACUAUUGAGCCACACAGACCAUCCGGUGAAGUGAUUUUGGUGGACUGGGUUUUCGAAUGUUGGAAAAGAGGUCAUAUAAUGGAGAUAAGUGAUCCUAAUUUAAAAGGUAAAUACAUGGUGGGCGAGAUGGAAUUGGUUUUGAAGUUAGGGCUGCUCUGUACUCACACUACACCAACAACCAGGCCUACCAUGAGACAAGUGAUGCAAUAUCUAGAUCGAAAGGCGGUCUUACCGGAGAUACCGCCAGAUAGUACUCCUCGUACCGGUUUGGUGAUGUUGAAUCAAGAAUCAUCCCAAGAUUCCAUUUCAUCGUCCUCUGAAUUCAAAGAGUAUUCCAGCUUGUCUAUUACUUCUUCGGUCCUCAACUUUGGUCGUUGAAUCCGCAGAAUUGAUGCUGACCUUGGUAAGGUUUUUGAUAGAAUAUUUAAAUAUCAGUUAGUCUAGUUAGCUAGCUUACAUACAUCAAAAAUCUUUUGUAAUCUAUUUAUAUCGCCAAAAUCCGUCGCUAAAUGUCAGCUUUUUAGUAGUGCACCGAACCUGCGGUCAAAAGUGGUACAAGCAUACAAGCAAGAUCAGUUAGUUCUCACAAGUAAUCUAUAUAUAUGUCGAGUACAUUUUUCUCAGUCUAUAGAUUCUCGAUGUAAGUCUAGCUCCUGUCGAUAAAACAAAGCCAGAAACGCCUCUUUUAUCGACGAAACUAGAUCUUUCAACAUUUCUUUUAGAGUUCAUGUAUGAUGACUUGCCUCAGAUGGCAUUACAGAAGAUCAGUUUAUGUACUAUGUAAUAUGCCAUUGAUAAUAUUAAAUAUGUAAUAAUGUUACAUUAA